AUGGCGCCAACUCAGGCCGAAAUCAAGCUCGUAGAGCUCAAAAACUGCUUUGUUAACGUUCCUCGGUCAAUCGUUGGACUGCUUGACAAUGCAAAGGCUGUCGUCCAGAAUGUUGUCGUCGAGCUACAGUACAAGGAGUCCUCGACUGAACAAGUCUUAAAAAGGCCCAAUGGCGCUUCCCAACGCUCUGUAUACGUCGGAUGGACAGGAAUGGCAAGUACAGCAAAGUCAACGUCAAUCACCGACAGAACUGGAAGAAGACCCAAAGACGAAAUUGGAGUGGUGGAAAUUGAUGCAAUGUUCGGACGUAUGCUGGGUCUCAUGGAUGGCCAGAAGGUGGGUAUAUCUCUACAUCUGGAUCCUCCCAUGGCACAUACAGUUCAUAUUGAACCGCUGACUCCAGCAGACUGGGAAAUUAUUGAGCUCCAUGCGAGUUUUCUCGAAUCCAAUCUAUUAUUCCAAGUUCGAGCCUUACCCAACCCCUCUUUCGCUGCGUCGCCUUCCGCCCAGGCUCAGCAAGUUCAUCCUUUGACUAUCCACCUGUCGCCAACCUCCACGGCAAAUGUCAUCAUUAGCUCUCUUACUCCGCCACAACCUUCUUCGACUCCAUUUGCGAAGAUCUCGCCGGACGGUGAGGUCAUUGUGGCUCCUAAGACACGACCUCGCCUAUCGCAUAAUGACCGUACCACGAGUCAGAGUAUUGCUAGCACUGGGCGCCGAAGUGCUGGCGGAAGAAGUGGAAUGGGGGCAUCAAGGCAACGCAGUCAUCGAGGAAGUGCCGGACCGAGCGCAGUCUUCCUCCGUGGUGUGGAUAGAAGCCGGUGUGCUCAUUUGUUCGACGAACACGAUGAAGGCAAGACUCAUGAUAGAAACCUCGGGCUAUGGGUAGACCGAGAGUUGCUAGCAAACAAAGCUCUCAAAAGUCUUGAAUACGUGUGUGUGUCUGUCGUGAAACCUGGUGGGAUCGAAAUUUCACUUGAUCCGCAGCAGCAACAGAGAAGUAAAGACAUGGAAGCCAGCGAGUCUGGGAAGCCUGCGUCGAAGAUUGUUGCAAAGCUAUUCGCCUGGGACGAUGCUCCUGAUUCUCGUCAUGUUGCUCUUUCUUCGGCCCUUUGCUCUGCUCUGAACAGUGAGGGCAUUGUUGGAGGCCUUGUGCGUAUUGAAGCCGCGCCACCUCCAGUACCAAGAAGUGGAAUUGAGAAUCUAAAAAUCUUCCCUAUUAUCGGGAAGUUCGGAGAAGUCGAUGGCAUCAAGUUUGGCGGGCAAUCCAAAGCAGGCCGUGAAGCAGCAGCUGAGAAAAUUCGGGCUUAUUAUGCAAGCGUGGAACAGGAUGAGGCAGGCAUGCUAGAUGGGCCCCUCACGAACGGCCUCGUUCUGCCCAGAAUCCCACAAGACAUUGAAAGCCAGGAUUGGGAAGGAGGACUUGUCCGGCUGGAGGUACCUUCGCACGACGGCAGGGAGUCUGCUAAGGUUUCUGUGAAGUGGUGCAUAGGCUCAGAGAUCAAGGGUGCCAUCCAAGUGCAACAGGGAAUACCAAAUCCUUUUAGUACCUCAAAAUCAACCGCUAUCAACGCUGACCCACUUCCAAUUGAGUUCCCCUCCAUAAUCGGCAUUGACAGCCUUAUCAACCAGCUCACCGCCAACCUGUCGCACUGUUCGUCUGUUCUAUUGACUGGUGGCCUCGGCUCUGGCAAAUCAUCUCUGGCACGCUUACUUGGCCAUCGACUGCGCACGUUCGAUCUAUUUCACACAAGCUACUUCCCCUGUCGCAAGCUGACGACCGACGAGACCCGAGUCUCUACAAUCAAAGAUAGUCUGAGUCGACUGUUCAUGACCGCAUCUUGGGGUGCUAGAUCAGGAGGCCGCGCGCUUGUCAUCCUAGACGACCUUGACAAACUCUGUCCCGCCGAGACAGAGCUUCAGACAAACGACAAUGGCCGCAGCCGACAGAUCAGUGAGAUAGUGUGCGCUCUCGUGCGCCAGUACUGCAGCCUCGACUCGCAUGUGGUGAUCUUGGCAACGUCGCAAGCGAAAGAAGCGCUGAACAACGUCAUUAUUGGAGGCAACGUCAUGAGGGAAAUAGUAGCGCUGAAGGUGCCAGACAAAGACGGUCGGCGGCAAGUGCUGCAAGCUCUCACCGGUCAAUCUCGCGAUGGAAGGUCAUCAGCCAAUGGUGCGAAUGGCCACUCACGCGGCAGUAGCCAAGAUAUUGAGGCCGCUUGGAUGGGUGAAUCCUCUCGCUCGGAGCUUGCAGAUGGAUCCGAAAAGUUCCAAGUCGAUCGCAGCCUAGACUUCCUUGAAUUAGCAGGGCAGACUGAUGGCUACAUGCCGGGUGACUUAGUGCUCCUUGUUUCUCGAGCAAAGAGUGAAGCUUUGAUCAGAUCCGUUGACACAGCCUCAGAUCCCGCUGAAGAGUCGAACAUCGUCCUCAAGAAAGUGGAUUUCGAGAAUGCUCUGAAAGGCUUCACUCCCGCAUCUCUCAGGAAUGUAACCCUGCAGUCAUCCAAGACUACGUUUGAUUCCAUCGGAGGGCUGCUAGAAACUCGCAAGAUCCUCCUCGAAACAUUGCAGUACCCUACCACCUACGCUCCGAUCUUCGCACAGUGCCCUCUCCGCCUACGCUCUGGUCUCCUACUUUACGGCUACCCAGGUUGCGGCAAGACAUUGCUUGCAAGCGCGGUAGCUGGCGAGUGUGGCCUGAACUUCAUCAGCGUGAAAGGUCCAGAGAUCUUGAACAAAUACAUUGGUGCUAGCGAGAAAAGUGUCCGUGAUCUCUUUGACAGAGCUGAAUCAGCGAGACCAUGUGUGCUUUUCUUCGACGAAUUUGACAGCAUCGCACCGAAGCGAGGCCAUGAUUCUACAGGCGUCACGGAUCGUGUGGUGAACCAGCUUCUGACGCAGAUGGAUGGUGCAGAGGGUCUCUCCGGGGUCUACGUGCUGGCUGCGACUUCUCGACCUGACUUGAUUGAUCCUGCUCUACUAAGACCAGGUCGCCUUGAUAAGUCGCUGCUCUGUGAUAUGCCCAGCUUGGAUGACCGACUGGACAUUCUUCGAGCGCUAAGUAAGAAGCUGUCCAUCAGCCAAGACAUCCUGGAUGCGGCAUAUCAGCACAAGAGUCUCUCGGAGGUUGCCCAUCGAACAGCAGGCUACUCAGGCGCCGAUCUGCAGGCUGUCAUCUACAACGCACAUCUCGAAGCAAUCCACGAUGUACUAGGUGACCAUAGUAUCAACGGUGACAUCAAUUCCAAGAGUCGUAGAAACAAUAAGAAGUACAGCAGCGCCUCGAAACAAGAUAUUCUACAAUUUCGCUUUGGCAAGGAGGACACCGUAAACGGCGCAGUUCCCGCCAUGAGUCGCGCAAAGCAGGCAACAGAGUACGCAGCAGUCAUUGCGAAGCUGGAUGCAAUCAAGCUUGCCAAGCGAAAGGAUCGACAUGCACGACGUGGAAUCACUGAGCCAUCUUCCAAGGACAACGCCAACAGGGAUGGUAUACAGGCGGGGUCGAAGCAAGAGGUCGUGAUUGAGUGGAAACAUAUUGAAGCUUCGCUUGCUACAACGAGAAGCUCGGUCGGUGCAGAUGAGAGGAGGAGGCUGGAGCGCAUCUAUAGGGAGUUUGUCGUUGGCAGGAAUGGCGAGAUGCCAAAUGGGCAGGGACCUACAGAAGUUGGGGGAAGGAGUAGCUUGAUGUGA